AUGCCUUCUUUCGCCAAACUCACGGCGGCGUUUGCCUUCGCUAGCACAGUCGUUGCGACCCCAGUUCAACUGAACAAGGGUACCUCCUUCUCGGUCGAGCAGGUUCCUCGCUCGACAUACCUGAAAAACGGACCCGAGCAGAAGAUCAAGGCUCUGCGCAAGCACGGCAAGGCUGUGCCUCAAAGCCUUGUAGAGGCUGCCCAGAACAGGGCGAGCAACACAGUCGUUGCCGCUGCUGCUGCCAGCGGAUCAGUUCCUGCUGCUCCGAAUGACGAGUAUGACUCUGCAUACUUGAGCCCAGUCACCGUUGGAACCACCACUGUCCAUCUUGACUUUGACACCGGAAGCUCUGACCUCUGGGUUUUCUCAUCCCUCCAGGCCAGUUCUCAGCUUAGUGGUCACGACUACUACAAGGCCGAUGCCUCUAAGGUCAAGAGCGGUUACUCCUGGAAGAUCUCCUACGGAGAUGGCUCUGGUGCUUCUGGCAAGGUCUACGCCGACAAGGUCACAGUUGGUGGUGUAACAGCUACCUCCCAAGCUGUCGAGGCUGCUACCUCCGUCUCUGCAACCUUCUCUCAAGACACCGAUACCGAUGGCCUUCUCGGCCUUGCUAUGAGCUCCAUCAACACCGUGAAGCCCGUUCAACAGAAGACAUUCUUCGAUACCGUGAAGUCGCAGCUCGCCCAGCCGCUGUUCGCUGUCACUCUUAAAUACCAUGCCGCCGGCACAUACGACUUCGGAUACAUCGACAAGAGCAAGUACACUGGUCCCAUCACCUACAUCAACGCGGAUGACAGCCAAGGAUUCUGGGGAUUCAGCGCAUCUGCUUACAGCGUCGGCACCACUACCACUCAGGCAACUGUUUCUGGUAUCCUCGACACCGGCACCACUCUCAUCUACACCGACACUGCUAUUGUCCGUGCCUACUACGCCAAGGUCAGCGGCGCCAAGAACGACGCUACUCAGGGUGGUUACAUCUUCCCUUGCACUGCUUCUCUUCCCGACUUCUCCAUCACUGUUGGUGGCGUCAAGCAGACUGUCCCUGGCAAGUACGUCAACUACGCACCCAUUGGUGACGGUACCUGCUUUGGCGGUAUCCAGACCGAUGACGGUAUUGGUUUCAGCAUCUUCGGUGAUAUCUUCCUCAAGAGCAAGUACAUUGUUCACGAGAUGGGUAGCAAUGGCCCAAGGCUCGGAUUCGCUCAGCAGGCCGGCAUCUAA